CAACAGAGAGGAGACUCUCACAAAGCACAUGCUCUCGCCUACAGACUCCUUAAAGAAGCUUCUUCACAGAGGACAGAAGCUUCUGCCCAGCUGAAGAAAAGCAGCUCCAAAGCAUAGUGCUGCCCCCCACCAUACCACCAUGUUGAUUUUCUUGAAGCCCCCAAAGUGAUUAUGGUCAUGGUGACAGCAUGGCCAAGUUUUUUGUCCCAUGAAAGUUCUUUAUGCCGAGCAAUUCACAUAGUGAGCAACCUGAAAGCAAAGGGAAAGAUAUUUCACUUGCUCACCAAGUAUCUGCACUGGGAUGAGGAGCCUCCGGGAAACAUCCACAAUGCUAUCACCAGCACCCUGAAGUCUUUUCUGGAAGACAGCAGUCUGAGGUUCCUGGAGAACAGCUGGUAUGGUUAUGAUCUCUGCCCUGCUACCUGGAACUACAUCUUCAGCCUGGAUCUUCUGUGUGCACAACUGGGCUGGACUUGGACCAUUACCAAUAUUAUACGGAAGGAUCUUUGGCUGAUCCUGAACACUUGGCUGAGGCAAGCAAGAACAGAGCAAACACCGUUCCGAGACGUCUGUGUAGCAGCAGUUUUCAGGCUACUUGGGCGACUUGGUCAACUAGGACUUAAGGAGAACCUGCUAAUGUCAUUUGAAAAUCUGGCAAAAAGCAUAAAUCAGUUUGGAAUGCAAAACUUCUCAAAAGGUAUGCCAUGGGAAGUGCAGCUCUCAGUCAUCUAUGCCACUCAUGAUCUGGCACCCAGCAACCCUGAAGCAGCUCUGAAGACAUUGGAAUCAUGGAGGAAAAACAGCACACAGCCCGUUCCCCCAGCCGUCAUCAAAUGCAUUACGCAAAUCAGCUUCCUUUGUCAUCAGACCAAGUCACAAAACUCUAAGAAACUACUGUAGUGAUUAUUAUAGUGAGCACUGCAUCCCCCAGGUCUGUAUCCUCAGUCACCAGCUGUUCACACUGUGAAUCAUGACUGUGCUGCAAUGCA